AUGUUUCGAUGGUUCGUUUGUCUGCUUCUGGUCGCUGCGCUGACGCUCGCCUACAGACGCACACCGGGUGACGACGCGAUCAUCGUGCUAGCAGGCGGCGUCGGCGACGAUGGCGUGCCUCACGAGGCGGUCAUGCGACGACUCCGCCGGGCGGCUGAGCUCUACGCAGCGCAGGCAGCCGCAGGAUUGCGUCCAGGCAUCGUGUGCAACGGUGGUGGCACGACGCACAAGCCAAAGUGGGUGGACGCGAACGGAUAUGCUGUCCCGGAGGCCGCGCUCAUGGGCAAGCAGCUUGAGGCGAUGGGGGUGCGCGCCGAGGACAUCUACGUUGAGGGCUACAGCGACGAUACCAUCGGCAACGCCUUCUUCGCGCGCGUGAUGCACAUCGACGUCCGUCCAGACUGGUCCAGGCUGCGCAUCAUCACGUCGGAAUUCCAGAUGAAGCGCACGCAAGCCAUCUACGACUGGGUCUUCAAGGGGCUGCAGCCGCUGCCCGCGCAGGGUAGAGAGGUCACCUAUGACGCCGUGGACGAC